AUGUGCAUUUCCACGGGAUUGAUCAUAUCGUGUAUUACGGCCUAUUCAAAAACGGCUUCGACGGACCUCACACUUUGGGAAAGGUCUCGUGCUCGUAGAUCAGCUGAGAAAAAUCUAAUUGCUGGAGUCGAUCGUGAUUCAUCGUUAAUAUCACAAUCAAAUAUGGAUUUACCAUGGGAACAAUUCAUUGUAAGCGGGCCGGCAACAGUCAAUCUUCUAGGCCAAUUGAUGGUUGUCUCAAGCAAACAUGAUUUCUCUUUUCAAGACUUUAUGCCAGAUUAUAAAUUUGUUUAUAUGCGAUUUCCGCGCUCUUUUCGAGCUACGUUAACACAAAUAGCCAAUGAUGGUUGGGAAGCAUUCAUGGGAGCUCACAAUAAUAUGAACAAAAUGCAAGCUUCAAUGGAAUUAGUACCGAGACAAGUUAAAACAGCUUUAACUGUGCUAGCAUCGCAGAAAUCUACACCUAAAAUAAUCAGUAUGCUGUUGCCUACUACGUUACGUGAAAUUGAGCGACUCGGUAAAACUUGUGUGACUUAUGCGAAUGCAACUCAUGUUAACUUCGUUACUGUCAUGAAUUUAAUUGGUGAGGUGAUUUCUAUGACAGAAACAGCACGAGGUUUGCAAGAGACAAAGUUAAGACAAACAGAAAUCGAACUCAAUGUGUCUCUGGUGAUGAAAGAGGAAUACACUAAAUUAGGUCAAACUAUUCGACAACAUUAUGAUGAAGCACGAAACAGUGUUCGUAAAGCGCAAGAUGAAUAUAGUAGUGCUCUUCGAAAGAUUCCAACUGGUUUUAAAGGUCUAUUGAUGGAUUUAGGACGUGCUGUGAUUGGUAUUGUUCAAACAGCUGGGCAAUCCUUUAUUGGUCGUGGAUCCGCUACUCAACCUGCAGUAUCAUUAUCUUCAGGACAGACUUUAACAUUUGCCAAAUUAUUUUCGGAUGCUCUUAAUAAAGCUGUGCCAGGCAUUAAGAAAAUUAUCGAUAUAAAUAAUGAAACACAGUCAGAGUCGAAGAACCCUAUUAAAGAACUUGAAGCUUACAAAAUAACAUUCGAAACAUUUCUAUCAUCAGUUGCGGCGGGAAAAGCAGGCCAACUGAAGGAACAAGCUAGCGAAAGUAUACGAAAAGGUAUUAAUCUAGUAGAUCAAACCAUCAGUCGCAUGAAGAAGGUUUUUGCUAAUGGUGAAAAUGCUACAGUAGAUGCAGUCAAUAAUCUAAAGGGUCAAUUUGAUGAAUUGAUUGAAGAAGUAAAACCAAUGGUAGCUGCAGAGAAAAUGAAUGGUGGGGGUGUACCACCGUCUGGAUCUGCAUCAACUUCCACCGGCGAUUCUUCGCAGAACGAAAAGUUCGUCGCACAACUGUCGUUGGAUCGAUUACAAUCUGCUGAAAGUCGUUAUGACAAAAUCUUUGGUGACCUGAAGCAGAAUCAAGAAGAAUUGGCAAAAUUGAUGGGUAAAAUUGCUUCGUUAGACAUGAAUCGUAUUCAAUACAAAGAGAUUCUCGAACUUAUGCGGGAAGCUCUUCAUCUACUAGCAAAGGUUCGAGAACAAUGGGGUCAGUUGGUAUUGUUCUUUGCUGAAGUUGCGACACGAGCUGAGAUUACUUUGAGUGGGACCCUAGGACCAUUUAUUACUCAAGCAAGUCAAGCAGGUAGUGAGUCACUGACUCUGGAUGAACGGCUCUUCUAUGUAGAUCUUCUCAAAGCACAAGCUGGAGAUAUUGAUUCUCAGACGCAGAUGCUCUAUCUCAUGUCUCGAACGUAUGUUGAUAUGUCAACACAUUAUAUCAUGGGGCGUCUAGCUGGUCUAUCGAAAAUGCUUCUGGCAAGGGAUGAUAAUGAGCGAAACAGUUUUCUCGCACAGUUGGUUGCCGAUACACGAACUAAUCAACAAGCUGUGAUGGAUUUGGUUGUUCAACGGAAAAAUAAUUAUCAGACUGCGAUUCAAAAACGGCGAAUUGAACUGGAAAGAUUCGUUGCAAAACUGGGUGGUCCAGAUGCAGAUGAUCAAGCUGCAAUCGAAGCUGGAAAAGCACUGCUUGCGCAUACAUCAUAA